AUGCGUGAGUCUCAUGCCAAAUACGUGAGAGUUGGCAGGUCUGCAUAUUCAAGUCAGCAUCCUCUCAUCCUAUCUGGAAAACAUCCCGUAACUAAGGUGAUGAUUCAUUUUGAACACCUUCGCUUACUUUAUGCUGGUCCAACAUUAUUAGCCUGUUCUCUGAAUCACCAUUUCUACAUCCUCAGAGAACGUAAAGCAAUUCAAUCAAUAACCCGCAGUUGUGUCAUUUGUCGAUGUACCUCAGCAAAGCUUCAACAUCAGAUGCUAGGUCAAUUACCUAUUGAGCGUCUCACUCCUGAUCUCGUUUUUGACGAGGGUGGCGUGGAGUAUGCUGGCCCUUUCUACAUCAAAUAUGGACAUGUGAGGAAACCUACUGUAAUUAAAACCUAUGCCAGUGUAAUGGUUUCACUUUCAGUGAAAGCUGUGCAUUUAGAACUGGUGUCAGACUUAACAGCUGAAGCCUUUCUAGCCUGUCUAAGGCGCUUCAUAUCUCGACAGAGGAAGCCAACUCUUAUUCGGAGUGACCAUGGUACAAAUUUUGUGGGCCAGCUUGGGAGAUCAAAAACUUAUUGCAUUUCUGAAAACCCAGAAGUCACAAGAUGCUAUCUCUGA